AUGGAGCCCGUGCGUGGCUUCUACGACGUGCCUAUCGCCUCCCUCUAUCCGUCCAUCAUGAUGGCUCACAACCUCUGCUACACUACCCUAACGGACGCUAAAACCGCCAAACUGUUGGAGCUGAAACAGGAUGAGGACUGCAUCAUCACCCCCAAUGGCGGUAAGCAGCAACCAGACUGUCCACAUCGGCUCUCCCUGUCAGCCAAGACUGAGAGUUUUUUCGCUAAUGGCUACGACGAUGAUGCCCAAGUUAUCUACGGAGAUACGGACUCCGUGAUGGUCAAAUUUGGCUGUCCUGACCUGGCCACAUCGAUGAAAUUAGGCAUUCAAUCCUCUUAUUCAAAUUUCUGGGGUCUUUUCUUUGUGCUGACUGGGAUGGAUGAGAUAGGCGCCGAGGCGGCGGAUUUUGUGAGCGCGAAGUUCCAGAAGCCGAUCAAGUUGGAGUUCGAGAAGGUGUAUUUCCCUUACCUCCUGAUCAGUAAGAAACGGUAUGCGGGUUUGCAUUGGACGAAGUUGGAGAAGCACGACAAGAUGGAUGCCAAGGGGAUCGAGACGGUCCGACGGGACAAUUUUCCGCUGGUCCAGACGGUGAUCGAGACCUGCUUGAAAAAAAUGCUGAUCGAGCGGGACGUGAAGGGCGCGGAGGCGUACACCAAGCAGGUCAUCUCCGACCUCCUCCAGAACCGCAUCGACCUCUCCCAACUCGUGAUCACGAAGGCCUUGGCCAAGGCGGACUACGCCGCUAAACAGGCCCACGUCAAGCUGGCCAAGCGGAUGAAGAAGCGGGAUGCCGGCAGUGCGCCCGCGCUGGGAGACCGGCUGGCCUACGUGAUCAUCAAAGGCACUAAAGGAUCCAGAACUACAAAGUGGCGUAAGUACAUGUAUGGCCGUCUCAUCUUGGAGUACGACCGACACAUUUUUGAUGGCGCAAAGACGGCGCGUGAGAUUGCCAGCAUCUCAGUUGCCCUCCCCUCUGACGAAGAAGUGCAGGCGAUGCUGCGUGACAGAGCCCAGGAGGCCCCGGGUGAUGAAGACGAAGAUGGUGCCGCAGACGGCUUCUAA